GAGGAGUGAUACCUUGCAGGAAAGUGCAGAUAAAUGAAUGGAGAAAUUGUCCUCAAGGCAGCCACUUGCAUAGAUAACUUUGAAGCAUAGCCAGUCAUAACAAGUCAAUUGUGGAAGUAAAAAACACCAAGAAGGCUUUUUUUCCACAUCAUAAUUGAUUGUUUUGAAUAACAGUUUUCGUCCUUUUGCUUUGUUUAGGUGAACAAGUUAAAGUCAUGAUCCCAUUUUUUAUUUCCAUUAUCAUGCCACGACAAUGCUUUCAUCUUUCAAAUCAACUUCAUUGCUGUCUUAUUACUCUAAAAUUAAAACGAAAAAAAAAAAAACUUGCAUAUAAGUUACCUAGUUGGUCAUUUUAGUAGAAUCUAAAACUGUGAAGACACCGAUAGAAAAGAGAAUAGGAAAACCAGUUUUUGAAAGUUUGGGAAGUUGUUUUCUUUUAAAACUAUCUUCCUUAGUAGUAUAAAGUUUCAUCCAUUCUUUCAGAAGGGGAAACAAUCUCUUUUGCUUCCUUUCUGCACGUAAUUUCCUGGUUUUAGGUUCUUCUUUCUGAGUGUUCUUAGCAUAAAAGAUGGGAGAUAUGAACAUCAAGCAAGAUGUCGAGAAAGGUGAAGACAGCACACAAGAAGAGAUAAGGAAGCCACUCAUGCAAGGACAGAAGAAUCUACCUGAUGCAGGUGGAUCUGGUUCCGAAGACCAGACUGACCAAAGCAGCAAAGAGCACCUAUGGAUGGUUUACCUUAGCACAUUUGUUGCAGUCUGUGGUUCUUUCGAAUUUGGAUCCUGUGCAGGUUAUUCAUCCCCUACUCAAACGGCUAUCAGAGAAGAUCUUGAUCUCUCACUAGGAGAGUACUCAGUGUUUGGGUCCAUAUUGACUUUUGGUGCAAUGAUUGGGGCAAUUACAAGUGGACCUAUUGCUGACUUCAUUGGUAGGAAAGGGGCAAUGAGAGUAUCAUCUGCUUUCUGUGCUGCAGGGUGGCUUGCAAUUUACUUUGCUGAGGGUGCUCUGGCUCUGGACAUUGGAAGAUUGGCAACAGGAUAUGGAAUGGGAGUCUUUUCCUAUGUGGUACCUGUGUUUAUAGCUGAAAUUGCACCAAAGAAUCUUCGAGGAGCGUUGACAACUUUAAAUCAGCUCAUGAUCUGUACUGGAGUGUCUGUUGCCUUCAUAAUAGGGACGGUACUAACAUGGAGGGUUUUAGCACUAACAGGACUAGUCCCAUGUGCUGUUGUGCUUUUCGGUCUCUUUCUCAUUCCAGAAUCUCCUAGAUGGCUGGCAAAAACAGGACGUGAAAAAGAAUUUGAAGCUGCACUGCAGAGACUUCGUGGCAAGGAUGCUGAUAUAUCUCUUGAGGCAGCUGAAAUCCAGGAUUAUAUAGAAACUCUGCAACAGCUCCCAAAAGCCAAAAUUAUGGAUUUGUUUCAAAGAAGAUACUUGCCUUCAGUCAUUAUAGGAGUUGGCUUGAUGUUCUUUCAGCAAUUUGGGGGAAUCAAUGGAAUCUGCUUCUACGUGAGCAAUAUUUUUGAGUCAGCAGGAUUUUCUUCCAGUGUUGGAACUAUAACCUACGCUAUUCUUCAGGUCAUAGUGACUGCAAUGGGUGCAGCCCUGAUUGAUAGAGCUGGAAGAAAACCUCUUUUAUUGGUUUCUGCAUCAGGAUUGGUCCUAAGCUGUGUACUAGCAGGGCUUUCCUUCUAUUUCAAGAGUCAUGAAUUGGCACUAAAGGCAGCUCCUGCACUUGCUGUAACUGGCAUCCUGCUGUACAUAGGAUCCUUCUCAGUAGGAAUGGGAGCAGUUCCUUGGGUUGUCAUGUCCGAGAUAUUCCCUAUAAAUAUUAAAGGAGUGGCUGGAAGCCUGGCUACACUAAUGAACUGGUUUGGUGCAUGGGCAAUUUCCUACACUUUCAACUAUCUUAUGUCCUGGAGUUCAUAUGGUACCUUCAUUAUUUAUGGUGUUAUUAAUGCACUAGCCAUUGUAUUUGUGGUCAAGGUGGUGCCUGAAACAAAGGGGAGAACUCUGGAACAAAUCCAGGCUACCAUUAAUGCAUGAGGAAAAAAAAGGAUGGAGACGACCACUAAUUGUUUCUCAUAAUUGUCAUUUGUACUUUGGAAACUUUCAUUCAACUUCUUGAAAUAUGGCAGCUGAUUCGUACCCACA